AUGAGCACAGAGAAGCUCCUUUUUCUGGAAACACACAAACAGAGGAGCCUUGAAGAAAUAAUAAUAACUAGAUGGUUAUGUUGUUGUUUUUUUGUUGUUGUUUUUUUUUGCAGGAUAGGAAAAGAUGGAAAGCGAGAUGACAGAAAAGGAGACAAGAGAAAGGAACUUUCUGCAGAGUCCAGACUGCAGAAGUUGCACGGGGAUAUUAAAACAUCUUUGAAGAUUGAUAACCUUGAUGUAAGGAAAUGUUUAGUUGCAUUGGAUGAGUUGAGUUCAUUGCAUGUUACUACUCAACAACUUCAGAGACACUGUGAACUCAUAGCUACUCUUAAAAAGAUCCGCAGGUUCAAAGCCAGCCAGGAUGUGAUGGACAAAUCCACGAUGCUUUAUAAUAAGUUUAAAAGCAUGUUUUUAAUGGGAGAAGGAGAGUCAGUGCUCAGUCAAGUACUCAAUAAAAGUCAGAGACAGUCAGAGAAAAAACAGAGACAGAUUGAAGAGGCCAAGAGUGGAGUGCUAAAAAACACAGAACAGACCAAAGAGCAGAAAGAUACCAAGAUUUUGAAUGGAGAAUUCAACCCUGAAGAUAAUGCUGAGACAGCAAAGGACAGAUCAGGAGAGAAUAUCUUAUCUGUGCUGAAAAACAAUGUGACUAAUCCUUCAGAGGAGUCUGUCUGAAGAUGUUUGUUAACCGAAGAACCACCAGUCUCAGCUGCCCAGUGGAAGAUCAUUUCCAUAUUGCCAGCAUCCUACUUAUCAUUAUUUUUGCCCACUCAUCACAUUAGUGAUUUUAAUCUCAAUACAUUUUAGUGAUGCUUACAAUACCUACUUAGUAGCAUAAAUGUGUUCAAUUUAAUUUUUAGCUUUAUUCUGCUGUUGCAUCUUUAAAAUUGUCUACCAAGUUUAUUUGAAUACAAUCAAGUUUAGUUGAU